AUGCAAGAGGGUUCAGUAUUAUCCUUAUCUCCCAGCUUCAAUCUUUAUCCCCCUCCAAGCGGAUUUGCAGAAAUCGCCAAAGUUAACGAAGAUUUUGGUUCAAAGAUGAAAUUCGACGCUUUUGGUACCGAGUUUGAGGAGCCGAAAAAUGAAGGUAGCUCCAGAUCCGAAGCUUUGGAUGAGGAAUCCAGAGAUGAACCGGCGGAAGAAGGUGAGAAUAUUGAAGAGGAAGAGGAUGACGACGAAGAGUUCUCUUUCGCUUGCACGAAUCCCGACGGGUCUCCGAUUUCCGCGGAUGAUGUAUUCGUCGACGGCCAGAUCCGUCCGGCAUACCCGCUCUUCAACCAAGAUCUCCUAUUCGCCUACGCUUACGACGGGGAUUCGAAGCCCAAGGACGCCUCGUCCUCGCCUCUCCGACCGCCGUUGAGGAAGUUGUUCGUUGAAGAGCGCGAUCUUCCGUCGUCAUCGUCGUCUGAAUAUGACGAAUUGGAGGGAGCUGCCGAGGGUACGUACUGCGUGUGGUCCGGUAACUCCGCGGAGGCCUCGCCGCGGGAGCUCUCCAAGAAGAGCAACUCCACAGGGUUCUGUAAGCUCUGGAGGUUCCGAGACUUGCUUAUGCGAAGCAACAGCGACGGGCACGACGCGUUCGUGUUUCUUAGUCAACCGUCCGGAAACGCAAAGCCGAGAAACGAAACAUCGACGGCGAAGAAAAACGAAAACGUCGAUAAGAACGAGAAGGCCGGUAGGGUAGGCGUCGAGAAGGCGAAACCAAACGAGAAGGCGAAGACGAAGGGGGUGAGGGGAUCAGGUGAAAAAGCGUCGUCGGCGCACGAGAGGCACUACGUGAAGAAUAGGGCCAAGAAAGAGGGGGAUAAGCGAAAAUCGUAUUUGCCGUACAAGCAGGUUGGGUUUUUCACUAAUGUGAACGGGUUUAGCCGGAACGUCCAUCCCUUCUAA